AUGGUGCCGUCAACUGUGGUUUACGUUGCGGCGGUGCCAAUCUCAGUUAUUGUUGCGCUGGGUUUGCUUCGCAAGUGGAGGUCCAGGAAAUGGGCUACCUGUGUGAGCAAUACAUGUUUGAGAGGGAAAACCUUCCUUAUAACGGGAGCCAACAGUGGCAUAGGGUAUGAAACUGCCAAGGCCUUGGUUAGGAGGAAGGGCAGAGUGAUAUUCGCGUGCAGGGACAUAGCUAAAGCCAAGGAGGCCAUCGCUCUUAUCCGCAAAGAACAACCACUUGGCGGGGAAAUGAUCCCCAUGCAACUAGAUCUAUCAUCAUUUGAGUCUAUAGAGAACUUUGUAGAAGUUGUAAAGGCAGGGUUCCACAAGAUUGAUGUACUUAUCAACAAUGCUGGCGUUGUGGUACCAUUGAACCAGGACCUUAAAACUAAGGAAGGUUUUGAAAUCCACUUCGGCGUGAAUCAUUUGGGCCAUUUCUAUCUUACGAACUUACUAAUGGAUCUUCUAAAGAGGGCUACACCAAGCAGAAUAGUAGUCGUGUCUUCAACGCUGCAUGAACGUGGAAAUAUCAACUUUGACGACCUCAACAUAAGGAAGGAAGUUGAACUGGCUAAGAAAACUGGAGGCGGUUCUCGUCACAAUCCUGGUUACAGCAACUCGAAGCUGAUGAAUGCUUACUUCGCGAGGGCGCUGGCGUGCAACUUGAGGAACACUGGCAUUGAUGUCAACCUGGUCUGCCCUGGAUUCUGUGCUACCAAUCUGUUUAGGCAUUCAAUAAAAUGGUACCACUACAUAUUUAUGGCGCCUAUAUUGAUUGCUUUUAUGAAGACUGCUAAACAAGGUUCAGAAACAGUAGUCUUCUGCGCCACAGACCACAGCAUCGAAGGUAAAACGGGUAAGUUCUACCGCGACUGUGCUAUUUACAACUCUAAAUACAACUUCGAUAAGGACGUGGAGACCAAGUUGUGGAAUGUCAGCGAAGAGCUGGUGAAGGCUAGGAAACCUCUAUGA